AUGACUAGAGGUCUCUCCGCAGCCAGCUGCAUUUCGUCCCAAACUCCAAGAUUCGUGUGGAUCUCCGACGUCCUCGUGACAGACACCUUCAAUCGGUUCUGUCACCACAAGCGGUAUGGCAGCAGCGUGCCAGGGCCGCUGGAGGCACAACGGCGCGCCGCGAGACGCAAGAAUACAAGUCUGGCGUAUACCAGCUCUGGAGGCAUCUCGGCUGAUCCUUCAAUUGUCCUGGGGAGCUCUGCCAACAAGCUAGCUUGGUGGCAGUCUUUCCAGCGCGCAGAAGCAGCAGACUCAGCUUCUCCUCGAGUCCUGCCAUCAUGGAUUUUCCCCUUUGAAAGUUCGGUCGCCCAAGCCAAGCCCACCUCCGUCGCAAUCGAGACAGAAAGAGCAUCGCUAGAACCGAGAUCAGCGCUUGAAAGUGAGACGCUGCGGUUGUCACAGUGCAAAACUCUAAUCGAAGUGAAGGGCUGGAUUCAGGAUGAAGGAGUCGACCUACGUGAAAAUGCUCAUGUUCGAGCUGCAAUACCAAGACAUAUCCUGCAGAUGGACUUCCCGAUACAUGAGAUCGCAUCGUACAUAGGCGACCCGAUAUUUCAUCCAUCGGGGACGUCAUCCAUCCUGCAAUUAGUCCGCGGUUUACUCGGUCGUACUUGGGACGCAACCUCAUGGGGAACCUUGCAUGAUGCGCUUUGCUCUGCCACUGAACUCGGGCUUCUCAGCGUUAACGACCUGAAGGAAGUCAUUGCCGAAUUGGUCGGCCUGACCGAAGUUCAGCUGACCGACGCCCGCGGUCAGAAAAAGAGGGUUAAGGCCAAUGCACAAAUGUACCUGGUCUCUGGAAUGCUGGAGUCUCUCGAUCGCUCCACAGUUAUGCAGAUUGCCGACCUUGGAUCGCCCUUCCUGGCCGGACUCUUCUCGAAGUUUGCCACACUGAAGUGGUACCGUGGUUGGUGCCAAAAGCUGUUGUGGCGUCUCCUCCCAUGGGCACUGAAGUCUCACGUUCACGUUAUUCGUCGAAUCACUUUGAAACAGCUCGAAGAUUCCUGUUCAAACAAUUCUCCGGAGGAGGUUGGGCGAAUGCUUGCAGAAAGGCUUUCAGUGGUCAACCCAGAGGUUUUACAGCUCGCUUUAACCGAUAUAACGGAGAAGUUGCUGGAUAUAUCGAUGUUGUCCGGAAGAAGGCUGUACAGGUACCUAUGGCACCACUGGUGCGGCACGUUGGCCGUUCUCGGAUCUCCAGGUUUCGAUGUUUCCCUGACACAGAACGGAUGGAUUUCUGCGCAAUCCACGGAAAGCUGUCUACGACAAGACCAACGUCUGUUGGCAUUUGCCUGGACUGCGAUGUAUCUCUCUCAAGGCUCUCGGAAAUCCAUGAACGUGGAAGAGCGACUGCAGUUUCUUCGUCGCUUCGAAGAACUGCUUCGGUCAAUACCGGAAUUUUCUGAGGAUUUCCUGGAUCGCGCUGUCAUCGAUCUUGAUUAUACGAAUCUACCGAACAAAUAUAUCCUCCUUCGAAAUCUAAUGAGAUUGUCGACUAGAGCGGAGGCGCUGCUUGCUGCAUUGGACGCCAAAUCUGAUCCGCAGUCGACACUGAAGCCCGGCAUAUCUCCCAGCUUGUUCGACAAGCACACUCAACAUGCUCACUUGGAAGGCAACGAGGCCUUGGCGAAGCUGAUCAAGAGUUCAAACUAUGAUCUUUCGGCCUUCAAGAUUUUGUCACGGCGGAUGAUCCAGAAAAGCACCGCUUCGUUUGGUUUUAUCUGCCAUCUCUUGGAGACCAGCCCACAUUUCAAGUUGGCUCUAAGGACACCCCACCUUUUCUCUCCAAGGCCAGCAGCGCCUGCUCAAAAAAGCGCGAGGCAAAACCCCACCGCCAUGUUUGCGAAUCCCGGCGCUCCGACGGAGGUUGAGACAGUCACAUCGUCAGGACCGGAACGUUUGUCGAGGAGCAAGGCGAGCUUACCCAGCAGGGACGAAGUCAUCGACUUGAUCGGCUAUCUUGCCCUCUCAUUCGCAACCUCGCCGGUCGCUACUCCGCGAGCUGCACUCCGCAGAGUCUACUGGUGCUAUCGAUUUCUACGAUACUACGGAGCACCCGUCCCACCAGCGGUCACUCGAGCCUUGUGGCACGUCGGCGUCGCACGACACGGUGACAAAGGUACGCCGGCGACACUCUUGAAGUGGAUCGUGUCGCAAGUCGAACACGUAGAAGGCGAGGAUGUUGCAAAGCAAUUGCUGUGGAAAGAGACCUUUCGUCAGGCGCGGCAAGAGCAGGUCACGUCUUGGGCCAAGGUUGAUGAAGAUGCGGAAAAGCGAUUGACUGCCGAAUUAGAAGCUAUGGCUAUACAUGAUGAUGGUGAAGGAGACAAUCACUUUCCGGGUGUCGAGCAACCAGCAGACCCAGACCCAGACCCAAACCCAGACCUGUUGAAGAAAAUCAUGUUCAUCAAAUCUGAGCCGCCAGACAUGCCGGUUUGGACGCCGAAGCCCAGGGCACAGCGGAGGGCCAAUCCUCACCACGACGAGUCAUCAAUGGUAGACAGUGAGGAGGGUCAGCAGGACCAGGAAGUAUUACAGCGCAGGGAAAGAGAAGCCCUCAAGAUAACGAAUCGAAUGUAUCGAGGCUGA